AUGCAGACUCUGCAUGAUGUUACCGACAAAGAGGGACAAGAAGCAGCAUUUGCCAGUGGUGUCAACACCCUCUUUGAUGCAGGAACACCCUGCAAAGCGUUGCAGACUCGUAAUCUGCGCAAUGGAAUGUUAUCCUUUCAUCCAGGCCAAGCGUUGGAAAUGGAUGAUAAGCAAAAUUUUGGCCCCAGUCAUAGCUAUUCAGAAUUCGGAGACCCGGGCCCUGAUUUGGAAGUUAUGUUUCAUGGCAACAAGGAUGCCAGUCUAUUCACAUCUUCAUCAUCAUCACCUCUCCACCAUAUAUACAACAAGAACAGCCCCUCGUCUUCAAGUGAACCUCGCCAUCACGAAUUAAAUAACCCUAGAGCAUCGAUUCGCAAACAUCGCGCACACUUGGACUUGAUGCACUCCCCAGGGAACGCAAGCCUUGACAUGGCCUACCAGAGCUCGUGGGCGAACCGCUUUCAGGCCUUCAACAUCCAAGCUCACGAUUACCAAAUCGCUCUCCCUCCAACAUCACCACCGAAGCCAGAGCCAUCUGAAAACAUAGCACGUUUAACUGAGGGAGAGAGCAGCUUACAAAACAAUCACCACGACGCAGAAUCUACCUACUCGCAGUCUCCCAUGGUUAACCACUCCCGGCAUACACCAAUUUCGGGUCCAUGUACAGAUCAAGGGAUGAGGCAUAUUUACGUCGACCAACAGAGACCUGCAACGUCAGCCAGUCCGAUUUCUCCGCCCAGCCAUCAUAUUAUCCGUUCCCAGCACUCGGAGCCGUCGUCUAUGUCUUCGUGGAAUAGUGAAUCUAUUGAUGCACCCUCCUUCCAUUACUCAACAGACCUUCAAACACCCGAUGGCCAAACUUGGUGGCAAGCACCAGAAGCCACAAACAGGGACUUACAUUCUUACUCUCAGAGUCCUUACCAACCCAUGGUCGUAGCACCAACCGCCCAAAAACCACCAACUCAUCAGACACGAGUAUUGCAAGGUACCAGCAUGAUGCACAUGGGGCAGUCUACAGAUAUUGGAUCAGCAAAGCCAGAAAUACGUCCGCACGACAAACACCAACACCAACGUAAAAGUCAUAUCCGCAAACCCUCCAGCAUCUCUACACAUUCGCAAAGGAGUAUUAAAGGGACUCCUAUAACUCCAAACAGUAAUACAAACCCAAUCAUCAGACGCCCAUUGAGUGUCUCUUUCGUCAACUUUACCCCUGAGGAUAGCCAAAAACUCUUGACCGGCGUGGCACCAAGCGGAAGCUCAAAGACCAAAGCACGGAGAGAGCAGGAAGCACGCGAAAAAAGACGGAAACUCAGUGAGGCAGCUUUGCUUGCGGUUAAAAGAGCUGGUGGUGAUGUUGAAGCGUUCGAGGCAGUUUUCUGCUGA